UAUCGAGAUAAGGGCAGCCCUGAGUCAACUUUCCAGUACUACGACAAGAUUGUGAUGGGCAUCAAUGACAAGAUUCAAGCCAAAGCGGAUGCAGGUCUCCUGAAUGUACCAAGUAUCGGCACUUUUGACAUGUUUGACUAUGGUCAAGUUGGACUUAAGUGUGAUCCAGGAAUGAAAAUGGUGCAGAGGACAAUGGCAUGUGCUGGAUGUGGAGCAGGCUAUAUGUUCAACAAUGAAACAGAGUCCUGUUUGUCUUGUCCUGUGGGGACCUAUCAGGACAAAGAUGUUGCUUUCUCCUGCAUCCCUUGUCCUGUUGGUAAAACUACAAAAGACAAAAGUUCUAACUCUCCCAGCCAAUGCUUGGACUUAUGCACCCCUGGGACUGUAUCACAGAACGGCACCAAACCCUGCAAACCGUGUCCUGUCGGCACCUACCAGUCUGAUAUUGGCAUGAAACAAUGCAACAAAUGUCCUUAUGGAACAUCAACAACUUUACCUGGACAGAAUGCAUCUUCUGCUUGCCAAUUUUAUGAUGUGAAGAUGACAGAAAACAGCACUGGGCCUGUAAUCCAAAUCUUUGAUGCAGUGCCUAAAAGAUUCACUCUCAUGACUUGGAUAUUUGAUACAACAGUUGCAUCAGUUAACGUAGUGAAUAACAGCACAGCCAAACUUUUGCUAGAUCAGUUUGUGAUCAACUUAGCUCCAGUAACAGCUGAUUUUAACAGAAACCUAAGAAAAUGGAAUCAUUUGGCUAUUGCAUAUUCUAAUGGAAAUGUGACUCUUUAUCUAAAUGGUCAGCAAAUAUACUUCUCUUCAGGACUGAAUUUCACAUCUCUAGAUAAGAAAUCUCUCUACUUCAAAAAGUCUAAAGAUAUAUCAAAAGUUGUAAUAAAUGGUAUUCAGAUGACAACAACUCUCUACUCAGCAUUGCAAAUCAAAGAGUUCAGCCUUUCAUGUACCAAACAGGUUGACAAGCAGGUCCUAGCACCAAAUCCUUUCAGCCCCACAUUGAUUUCAACCAGCACUUGUGUUGAUAAAGACCUCUGUUCUGGUAAACCAUGUGGCCAACAUGGCGUCUGUGUCAUUGGCAGCCAAAACCUGACAUGUCAGUGUGACAGUCCCUGGUCAGGUGACAGAUGCCAGAAUGUCACAGAUUUCUGUGCUGACAAUCUGUGUGCCAAUGGGUCAACUUGUGUCAACAGACCGGAGGAUAGAAACUAUACGUGCAGCUGCGCACCUGGAUUCUUUGGGCUGUUGUGUCAUGAUAAAUUAGCAUCUCGAGAGAUAGCAAGCUGGGGUGCCUGGAGUUCCUGGUCAAAAUGCUCAGUGGCAUGUGGUUUUGGGGAGAGGACAAGAACUCGACAAUGCAACAGUCUGGGUCAAGCUGCGUGUCAAGGUGUUGGCAUAGCAACAGAGGUGUGUCAGAGUGCAUGUCAAGAUUGCCAUUGGAGUGAAUGGGUAACCUCUCCAUGUUCUGGUACUUGUGGUGACCAACAAGCAAUAAGGACCCGGACAAUCUUGAAUGAUGCAACUGGUGGUGGUAUGCCUUGCCAAGGUCUGAAUCUCACAGUCAUCUCCUGUAAUCUAACCGACUGUCCAGUGAAUGGUAAAUUUGGCGACUGGUCAGAAUGGUCCCAAUGCAGUGCAAGUUGUGGAGGUGGAAGUUCCAUCAGGAGAAGAUUAUGUGAUAAUCCUCCUCCAAGUAAAGGAGGGGCACAGUGUGACAGUUCACUAGCUGUUGAGAAGAUCACAUGUAAUAAUGCAAAAAGCCGGAACUACGAGAGGGACACAAGAGUUUGA